GAACACAUUUGAGUCCAUUUUUUAACCCUUCAAGAUGCUGGGUUUCCGUGCAAACUUAUUGCCUUCUCUUGGGUACAAGACCUUUCUACUUCCUCGUGUAGGCGAAGGCAAACAGCUCCCAUGCGUUAGCACCACAUGGCUGAGGUGCAUCUACAGUGUGACUGGGCAGUGGGAGAAAGACUACUCCAAGGAAACCAGGAUAGCCGUGGAGAAACACUGGUAUGGAAAACUCUUAAAGGACAGUAAAGAGACUCAAAAGUUUCAAUCAGAUCGACCGAAGUACUACGUAUUACCAAUGUUCCCUUACCCCUCAGGAAGGCUGCAUAUGGGUCAUGUUCGUGUUUACACAAUAAGUGAUACGGUUGCUCGCUUCCAGAGGAUGAACGGGUACCAGGUUCUCCAUCCUAUGGGAUGGGACGCAUUUGGUCUACCCGCAGAGAAUGCAGCCAUAGAGAGGGGGCUGCACCCUGAUGCCUGGACCAAGAGCAACAUUGAGUACAUGAGGAAACAGAUUGAAAGUCUCUCCCUCAGUUUUGACUGGGAAAAAGAAGUCAGCACCUGUGACCCUAACUACUACAGAUGGACACAGUACCUGUUCCUGAAACUGUACGAGUCAGGACUCUGCUAUCGUAAAGAAGCCCUGGUGAACUGGGAUCCGGUGGACAAAACCGUGCUAGCCAAUGAACAGGUAGACGAGAACGGUCGGUCCUGGCGUUCGGGAGCAAAGGUCGAGAAGAAGUAUUUGAAGCAGUGGUUCGUCAGGAUCACUCAUUUUUCCGAUUCUCUUCUGAAGGGACUUGAAGAGUUAACAGAGUGGGGGAAGUAUGUGAAAGGGAUGCAGUCCUGGUGGCUUGGGGAGUGUAACGGAUGCUACUAUGAUUUCAAGCUGGAAGGGCAAGAUGUCUCCUCAGACAGUGUGCUGCCAGUUUUCACCACCAGUCCAGAAGCUGUCUUUGGUGUGUCACACAUCCUCCUCUCACCUGACCACCACCUGCUGAAAGGAACUCAGGCAUUCAGCCAAUGGAGUGAAGAAAUCACAAGACAGAAAGUGUUUCGUCUUCCCUUGUCAGCAGUGCACCCCUUUACAAACAAACCUGUCCCAGUUUAUGUGUCAGCUGAAGCAGAGUUUGAAGAGCACAUUGAUGCUAAGAUGGGAAUACCAUGUUUGAAUGAUGUGGACAAAACCUUUGCUGAAAAACAUGGACUUGACUUUGAAGUUGUCAUCAAACAUUCCAGUGAUGGCUCAGCCCAAGUGGUAAAUUCAGCUGAGUUUACUAACCUAGACAGACAAGCGGCACGUGAAGAGAUCACAAGAACUGCUAGAGAAAAGGGAUGUGGAGGUCACUGGACAAGUGCAAACCUCCAUGACUGGCCCAUAUCAAGGCAACGUUUUUGGGGUACCCCAAUCCCAAUUGUUCAUUGCCCAACUUGUAAAGAGGUACCAGUACCUUUUGACAGUCUUCCCAUAGAGCUUCCUACGGCUGCUAACAGUAAGGGUGGACGUCCCUUAGCUGAUGCAUCUGAAUGGGUAGAUACCACAUGUCCAAAAUGCGGAGGACCAGGAAGGCGAGAAACAGACACUAUGGACACGUUUGUUGACUCAGCCUGGUACUUCCUCAGGUUCUGUGAUGCACACAACACAGAAGAGCCAUGGAGAAAAGAAACAGCUGACAAGCUGAUGCCUGUGGAUCUCUACAUUGGGGGCAAAGAACAUGCCGUAAUGCACCUGUACUAUGCCAGGUUCCUCAGUCAUUUUGCCCAUCAGCAAGGCAUGGUGUCACAUAAGGAACCAUUCAAAAGACUCCUUGUUCAAGGCAUUGUAAAGGGUCCCAGUUACAGGGUAGAAUCAACUGGCAGGUACCUAACACCUAAGGAGGUGGACUUGUCUGGUCCUAAGCCAGUUGAGAAGGAGACAGGUGAAAAGCUGACUGUGGAGUUUGAGAAGAUGAGCAAGUCCAAACACAAUGGUGUAGACCCACAGGAGCUCCUGGACCAGUACGGCAUUGACACUGUGAGGCUCUUCAUACUCCAGGGGGUCCCUCCGGAGAUUGACAUUCACUGGAACAUCAAAGCCAUCAACGGCGUGCUGCGCUGGCAGGGUCGUGUUUGGGCCCUUGUGUCUCGGUUCCUAGAGCUACGAGCAACUUCUUCACCCAGUCAAGAGGCACUCAGCAACAGUGACAAGAAGAAGGAAAGUCAGCUUAUAACCAAAUCAAACACCUUCAUAACUGAUAUAACUAGGCAUUUACAUGAAGACUUCAGUCCCAAUGCAGCAAUCAUUGAGUUGAUGGGGUUGACAAGCAUUCUUAGGAAGGUGCCUGACACAGUGGCUCAGCACAGUGUAGAGUUUGAGAGGAUUUUGUGUAGCCUGGUGCUCAUGUUGGCCCCUCUGGCACCACACAUCUCAUCAGAGAUGUGGCAAGGCUUGAAGAGUGUCAAACACAAGACAGUCAGUUAUGACUGGAGCAAAGAUGCCCUCCGACAACCAUGGCCUGUAGCUACCAAGGAAGUGGAAACAAACACAGUCAUGGUCAAAGUUCUGAUCAACAAUAGAAAAGUGGGAACAAUAGAGGUUGAUAGAACUGAAGCAACUGAUGCUGAAGCAUUAGAGAGAUUAGUACAAGAGAGCAGCGUUGGACAGGAAAACUUGAGUAACUUGCAGAUAAAAAAGGUGAUUUUGUCUCCCAAAGGAAACUUGGUCAAUGUCUUAACAGAUUGAUUGUUUCACCAUGCCUUCCAAAACUCAGUCAUCAGAAACACUUUUUUACCUGUUAAGAAUAAUGCUUUCAGUUACAUUGUUUCUCUGUAAAGGUCAAAGGUCACCAAGUUCAUAAUGUGUAAUGUUAAUUGCUAUGUAUGUGAGAGAAAUUGAUGACUAUUAAUAGAGGGCUUUAGCACUGUACAUGUAGCAUUGCAUCCUUGGAGACAGCAGUGUUGAAGGACAGCCCGGUAUUACUAAGUAUGUAGUGUAUGUGUAUCUGCCUACAACCUGCUGCCUACUUACAUAUCCUACUGUCCAAUAUUGAAGAGAAUUUGUUACAAAGGUCUUGAAGAUUAUCUU